AUGGAAGAGAUUGAUUGGACAGAGUGUUCGUACGAAGGUAAGGCAAUUGCGACGGGCUUGGGUUACUGUAUUUCUAUGUUUAGAAGCCAGAAGUGUGUUAAAGAAAUGGAGAGACGAACACGAGAGGCGAUCGGAAGAGACAGUUGAGAUAUGGGAGCACAUAUUGUCAUCUUACGACCAAUCUUUGGGUGAUGAACUCUGGGCCAUCCUGGAACAAGUUACGAUUGCUGCUUUGGACUCAAACAGGCAGGACUUAGCCUUGGAGUGUCUUCAAACACUAAACAAACAGUUUCCUAAUAGUACACGGGUCACUAAGCUACAGGCCUUAAGGCUAGAAUCUCUGGGAAAGUACGAGGAAGCUCAGUACUUGUAUGACAACUUACUGCAGUUGGAUGAUACGAACAUGGUAUGAGUUAUGUCCAUUUAUUUGUAAUUUCAAUGUUUAGAGUAUCCGAAAAAGAAAAAUUGCCAUAGAAAUCUCUCAGGGGAACCGAUUGGAAGCUAUAAAGAUGCUGGACGAGUACCUACACUCUUUCGUUAACGACUCAGAAGCUUGGGCCGAACUGGGAGAGCUUUAUCUUCAGGAAAAUGAUAUUUUACGCGCAAUAUAUUGUUUCGAGGAAGUUCUUUUGGCCGCGGUACGUUCCUUUUUUCUCUUAUUGUCAUUUUUGUGUUUUGGCUUUGAAAUUUGUAAAAUAUUAUUUUUAAUUUUUCAGCCCAACAACAGCUCGUUGUACUGUAGAUUGGGAGAGUUAAGGUAUACACUUGGGGGCCAAGAGAACAUCGAAGUGGCCAAGAACUACUUUGAAAAGUCAAUUAAACUCAAUUUAAAUGCUCGAUCUCUUUAUGGCCUUAUUUUGGUAAGUAAAACACAAUUAUUUUAUAGAAUGGUACUAACACGCCAUUUUUACUCUUGUACAAUAUAUUUAUUAUAACGUUCAUAAUCUCUCAUUCAGGCUUGCAACUCACUUCUGGGCAAAUCGACUGGUCAGAAAAAGCGGGAAAUUGUGGUAGCUGCUCAGAACGCCAUUGAAAGUCUGGGAGAAUUGUAUAAAGAAAAGGGCGAGAACCCCAAUUCCUCUGUUUGUAACAAAGUGGUACAAUCCUUAAAGUCGUCGUUUGUUUAA